AUGAGAAUCUGUGCCUUUGUUUUAAUAGCUCUUGUUGCAAUUGCUGCUGCCUAAUAAGAUACUUAUACUAAUGAUCAAAGAAAUUAAGUUUUGGAGUGUAUGCGAAAAAUUGGAGAACCAUGCCAAAGUGGUAACAAUGAAGUAAAUGAAGCUUGCCUAGAUGAACUAGACUAACUCGAUUAAUGCUUUAAUUAAUGUAUUGAUGAAAAUAAAGAAACCACCAAUAAUAUUAUUGGAUGUGUAUAAUUGAAUUGCAAAUCCGAAAAUAAUAAUGCCUAAACUUUCUUUGAUUAGAAGACUGCUUGUAUGGCCAUUUUAGAAGAAAAUCCUUCUAUUAAUGAUGAAGAAGAAAUCGAUUUAGAUAACAACGAUAUAGAUAUUAUUGAAAAUCCAUGCGAAAGUGAUACCGAGGAAGAAUUUUAAGCUUGUGAUGCAGAAUUAGUGAUAAUCGAAAGAUGCUACUAUGAAUGUAUUGAUCAAUAUGAAGAAAACUCUAAUGAAUUUAUCAUAUGUUAUAAAUCAAAUUGCAAAUCUGAUAAUAAAAAAGCAUAAGCUUACUUUGAUAAGAAGCUUCCUAAUACUAGCACUGAUAUAGAUAAUCCUUCUAGUAAAGAUGAAAAGAAAAUUGAUUUAGAUUAGGAGAACAUCAAUAAUACUGAAACUCCAUGCCAAGCUGGUAGCGAAGAUGAAAUAAAAGCUUGCCAAGAAGAAUUAAACAAACUCGAAAACUGCUUAACUUAAUGUACUGAGCAAAAUAAAGAAAACACUCUUGAAAUUAUCAGAUGUUAUAAAUCGAACUGCAAAUCCGAAAAUAAUGAUGUCUAAGAUUACUUUGAAAAGAAGAUUGCAAGUAUGAAUACUGGAAUUAACAUUCUUGCUUUUACUGUCAUAGCUUCAGUUCUCUCUCUAUUAUUAUGA